UAUUUCUCGCGCACGCGCUCAAACAUCUCUUUUGAAAUGGCCGCCUGAAAAGAGGGGAUUUAUAAAUCCUUUGUCUUAUUUUUUUUCUAAAAAUCAUCCUCUACUCUGCGUACAAAAUUGUCAUCAGUCACCAGUCAUAUAAAAUACAGACUCAAUGCCGUCAUAUCGAGUAUCAGUUCUCAUAUCAUACGUGUUAAUGUUUAUAGACUAAAAUACGUGACUUAAUUUUUCGCGCGUGUACAACUAGUUAUUUAUUUCCAUCCAUUGUUUUCUUGUUAUUUUUUAAAUCUUUUUUUUUUAGGUAUACAAAAAUAUCAGUUAGUCAGCAGUUGGUAAACGUGCGCCGUGAAAUUAACAUCGAUAGAAAAAGGAAACAAAACCUUGGAAAUAUUAUUACAGGUUUGGAAAUCAGCUGAUUUAAAUCAAUGGAAAGGAAACAAAGUAUAUAAUGUUGUGUCGUUGGUUAACACGAGCGUCACUUGGUACAAAAACAUUAAACAGCUGGAACACCGUUAUAAUAUAACAAUACAACACAUCCACACACACAUCUAUAAAAUAUACAGUACAGAAUAUUAACACAAGUUAAUUGCAUUGUUUGUGGAUUUAAAUGGUCUCUGUCGUACUGUAAUAAAUAAUCGUCUGUCUCUGACUGAUCAGUCACAUCGUACGUCGCUGAAACUCUCGGUUCUGUACUAGAACCACAACUUCGACUCAAACUCUAUAAAUCUAAAUCGCAGUUACCAGCUCGUUGUGUUGUUAUCAUAUAUUUUAUUAUGUUUGCUACUAUAUCUGUCUCAAAUCAUAAUCGUAACUCAAAUAAUAAUAAUACAACACGUGUUGAGAAUAUGAAUUUAUCAGAAUUAUAUUUUCGAGCGCGUGUUACGCGUGCAUAACAAUCGACGCUGCGUAACAACGCAAAUGUUAAUUAUUUUAAAUAAAUCUAAACUAUCGAUGCUUAAUCACGGGAGAUAAUCCAUUUUUUUUUACUUUACUUUACUCUAUUUUUUAUUUUUAUUGUUGACACUGGCAAGCCAGGACUGAACGAUGUCUUGGCUCGUACGAUUUCCCUGGUCGGAGAGCAUAAAAAAACGGGCAUGUCGAUAUUUACUGCAACGUUAUCUUGGACAAUUCUUGGAGGAAAAACUUACACUUGAUCAGCUUACUGUUGAUCUUUACAAUGGUACUGGACGUGUCACCAAUGUCAGCCUUGACGUCCAGGCACUUAAUGAGAUGGGAGAGCAGCAGCACUUGCCGUUGGAGUUCGUCGACGGGUUUAUAUCUGAAAUGUCUGUCAGCAUACCCUGGUCGGCAUUACUCAGCGAGGCGAGUUACGUUGAGGUCAAAGGUCUAAAAAUUACAGUACAGCCGAGACAAAGAAGCGAAACGGGAACCUCGAUGUUCGAGUCAAUGUGGAGUUCUAUGACAUCGAGUAUGCAAUUGGCACAAGAGUGUUUACAGCAAGACGCUAAUAAUGCGGGAGGUAACAAUGCACAGCCGCUUGAAGGCGUUGAAUUAUUUGCGCAGACAAUUGACUCGAUAUUGUGUCGUGUAAGAGUACGUUUUAUUGACACGGUAAUACGGUUGGAACACGUGCCCUUGGAUUCUACCACUGGAGUUGCCAUUGAGAUGUGUAUUAAAAAUUUAGAGUACUCUGAUGAAGCUGGCUCUGACCCCAGCAACGUUAAUUUGGACGCUAACCAGUCCAAAGGUUACGUCGUAUCUGCAUUUACGACAAAACGUUUUUAUCUUGAAGGUGUCACCUUUCAUACUGACGAAUUUCCUUCAAGAGCGAGAACAUUCUCCAGGAGUGUCAUGACAACCAGCAGAGGUUCAACGCCUGAUUCAAAGAAUUCAGAUGGACAUUUUUCAUCCGCACAAAUAUCGCCGACGCAACAUAACAUACCAACGCCACCAGAUAGAAAUUUAAUAAACACGUUGAGUCAAUCUAAUCCUAUUAUGUGCGCCAAGAUAACAGGCCGUCAAGAGAUCCGUUUGAAAAUAAAACAGGGUGAAGGUAUACUGGGUCCUAAAGUUGAGUUGGAAGUAACCCUGGGAUCUUUCAUAUCGUUUUUGAGUCCACGUCAAGUCCAUGUUUUGAUGGAACUGGGACAUGGUCUGGCCUCUCCAGAUCUUGAAGACAUCAGUAACGUGGCACCCCGUACUUGCACAGAAAAACCGAUGGCUGGUAGUGAUUUUAGUCGAGUCGAAAGAGAAUUAAUGCAUCAACUGCAUCCUGUUCACGGUCUGCGUACCACGGAUUUACGCAACACCCAGGGAUGGUCAACUGCCUCAUUAGAUGAGUCUGAUAACGAGGAUGAAUUUUUACCCAUGAAGCUACCGGGAGGAAUGAGUGAUUCCCAAACGACAAACAACAUCAGUAUGGACGAAAGCAUUUCCGCGAGUAGUAUCAGCUCAAAAAGUUCGGUAACAAAUGUCACGAAGCCACAUAAACAUCGAGCUAAUGCUGACACUGAUCCUACUGCAGAAACGUCACAAUUUCACGUACGAGUAUCGUCCAUAGCAGUAAUACUACUCCAUGAAGAUAUUCUUACAACGGGGAUUGAAAGUCGUGGACUCACUUGUGCCAGCACUGAGCAGAUGAAAAAUGCGGCUGAAGAAUUUUUUAAUAAACUUGGAAUAUUUGCAGCUGACGGUUAUGGAAAUAAAAAUUUUGAUAAAGCUGCUAAAAUUUUUCUUGAUGCAUGUCGGCUCAGUCAUAUAAGAUUACUUGCCGCUCCUUUGGUAGUCGAGGGAAGUGAGAAAACUACGCCCCAAGCAUCAGCUAUCGCUGGAAGUUUGACUCUUGCGACACUGGAAAUAGUCGAAUGUCUAGUGGACACCAGCAAUAAUUCAGAAACUCCAAAAGUCGAGUACGUUGAGUUACUGACAUUUGACAACAAGUCAACGGCUACUGACAACUUUGGACUUUUAAACACAACCGACUUUCGUAUGAGAUUCAAAUACACCGAGAAAGCAGUUCGUCAUGCUCAAACAACAAGAUUUGCUCAUCCACGUACAGAAAUUGAUAUACAAUUGGAGCCAUGUCAGAGUGAAGUUGACAUAACAAUUAUUGAUAGAAUAUCAUCGGUACUAAAUCCCCAGCCAAUUUGUACCUACAACCCAUCGUCGACAGCCAAAGACACCUGGAACCAGCACGCGAUGUUCUAUCAGGCCGUCGAGAGCCCAAUUCUAUCGGAUUCACGGGUUAAUAUUAAAGUUUCUUCAUCACGUGCUAUAUUCAAAGUAAGAUUUCCGGUACCAGAUUUAAGGCCACUACAUGAUAUGAGCCGCGCGCCCUGGUGGACACGAUCAGUGCGCUCUGAUUUUAUAACUCUGACUCUAAAUGACGCACAAUUUCACAUGUCGAUGGACACUCAGGCUCACUAUCUCUCGCGACAAGAGAUACAGUGCCGGCAAGUGCUGCUUACGUACACGGAAAUAGACUCGGACAUCCCGGUGAAGAUUGCCAACAGCCAUGUCAAUGACAAACAGGACAGCCUGUUGCCGCAAGAGGGCGAGUGUUUCGGCUGGCCAAGAAUGGUCUUUACAAUUUAUCCUCAACAUCUUGGUGGCCCGCUGGAAGACAGCUCGGAAGAAGAACCUGGAUCUAGUUUAGAUGAACCUUUGGGCCAGCCACCGCGACACCAGCCGUCGCCCUUUAGUUCAAAGCGAGUGAUCCACGAGUCAGAUACUCCGCACAGUGAAUCUCAGAGCCACACGAACAAAGACGAUCAUGAACAUCGUGAAGGAGAGGAGCUUGUAAUCCCAGGAAAUCGGCAAGAAAUGUUAGAAUUUAUGGAAGAAGGUACUCAUGGGUCAAGAGUUCAGAUUGACAUCAGCUUGCCUUGUCUGUCUGUUCAAAUUCCCUCGAAACAUCUCUACGAGCAGAUAUACAAUAGAAUAAACACUGAUCUCUUUCUCUGGGAACCUUCGGCACCGAGACCGAAGUACACCAACACCGACUCUCACGGUGGACUUGACCUGGCUUCUACUCUGCUCCAAGAGUCCAUUUAUCCGAAAUUCAGCAUGUGCAAAAGUGGUAUUCAAUAUAAUUCAGAUUCAGACAGUGACGACGACGGCGUCUUUCAUUCAACAGCAGGAAAAAGUUUCAAUCAGACUUUAAACAAAGCGCCGAAAAAUGGACAGAGUAAAAUGUCAUUGACAUUUAACAUCAACCAGGGUCUCUUAACAAUGUACACACCAGUUCGUGAUGGUCUGUCGAAUGUUAUUCCCGGUCAGCAAGGCGAAUUAAUCCUCCGAGUCGAGGAUGCUACAAUAUUUUGUGUUAAUUCUUACAAAGGUAACGGCAACUUGGGCUACGUUUGCACAAUGAUUAAAAAUGUUUCAUUAUACCACUGUGGAAUAACGACGAUACCCUCAACAACUCCGCCACUGAGGUCUCUAAAUAGCGUGAUACCUCGUCACUGCCAGCCGGCAAUUUAUCGGAGUCACAAUGGUCUACAAGAAAAUAUUGAGGCUGCCGAAGACGCGGACAUGCUGACCGUUGCAGUGAGAAUACAAGCAGCACACCAGACCCAUCACAUAAAAACUUUCCGAGUUGCAGUGGGAAUAAGAAACGCAACACUUAGACAUCGGAUGUGUUCAGCACAAACUUCUUGGUUCACUCAAUUGACGGACUGUCUUGAUGUCAUAGAUCAUCCUGUUGCUGGCUACUCACCACCGGGCGUACUCACAGAACUUCAUCUGCAUUUGUGGAACUGCGCGGUGGACUAUAGACCGCUUUUCCUUCCGCUGAGGUCAAUGAUAACACUCGGUAGUUUCAGCGUAUCCAGUAAUAUUGCCGCUAAAACAAACACAUCAACGCUUCGGUUCAUUGCUGAGGACGUGGCGCUCUUUUUAUCUGAAAAAUUGGGCAAUCAUGUGGACCUCAAGCGCGACUAUGUCGGUGUCAUGGAUCUGGGGCUGUUUGAAUUAUCAUUGAGAUUGAACGAAAAGAUGUACGGUGGAGCGCCGAGGGUUGAUCUACGAGCAAGCAAUAAUGUCCUGCAUGUGCGUACUUGCGCAGAUUCAGGUCGCGCUUUGAUGCAGCUCCUCACUUACUUUGCCAGCGACGGGGAUCUUACUCCCAACAUUGGCAGCACCGAGAGCAUCGCGGUGCCCAGCUCGGGAGACGAAGAAAGUUUGCUGGGCGAAGAAAGUAUAAAUACGCUGAGCAAAAGUCAAGAGGAACGAGUCAAUAGUUUGAUGGAGGAAGCUAUGGAAGACACUGUGAGAGGCAGCACUACGAGUUUGAGUAAAAAAUCACCUGAAGAAAAGGCUCAAGUGGAAGUAUUUUUCUUUCCCGAUGAACCGCAUCCAGCUACUCAGGUACCGGAAAUGAAUAAUAAUCAUAGUAAUAAUAACACAACACCCGCAGCACGUGGUACAGAGUCUGAUGAUACCGAUGAAGACUUUUGUAUACUUGGAGAGGAAGCAGGCGCGGGUAUUAUGCCUCGACACGGUAUUCCGGAGAUUCGGUGGCUUAGUCAGGAGUAUAUACGGGUUGUAGAUAAUCACUUUGCAGUGCCAUUAGGUAAAACAGAUUUACUAAAAGCUCCGAAACAUUUUCCCGCACCCGUUUUGAGGUACACGCUGUGUGAGAUGACACUAGUCUGGCAUAUGUACGGCGGCAAGGACUUCGGAAACCCUCAUCAAGUGGUCAAGAAAAAAAAUGUAACAAUAGAUGAUCCGGGUUAUCGGUUCGACAAUUCGGUCCCGGUACGCAGCCGAUCGGCAGUCGUCGGUUUCAGUAAAAUGAAUCCGCAUGAAGUAAAAUUUGGUAGUGCGCCAAAUUCACCUUGCGGUAAAACGAAAUCAUCUUCAAAAGACUGGUAUACUCAGGGUGGUCCUGGUCGCCAGCAUGACGUUCUUAUGGAAUUGCAACUGAACAAAGUAAGAUUCCAACAUGAAACUUAUCCUGAAAAUACGACAGAAGCAUCACGACAAGUGUUACUGAUAAGUGAAAUUGAAAUACGUGACAGAUUGGCCUCUUCGCAUAUCAACAAAUUUUUGUAUCAGUACAGCAGUGAAGCGCGACCAAGACAGACUCACGCAAAUAUGUUUGCAAUGAAAGCCGUGCACGUAAGACCGGAUCCGAAAUUCAGCGCUCAAGAGUGCUGUUUAAAAUUGAGUCUCUUGCCAUUACGACUUAAUAUUGACCAGGACAGUUUGUUAUUUUUUAUUGAUUUCUUUACGGAGUUGACGGGUAACAUGAAAGCAAGCCAGGACAACAUUAAUGGGCCCAGCACCACCCAGUCAUCCCCGGGUUCCAAGCAGAGUACGCCGACUCAUCAUCCACCAGUUAUGAGUGUCAAUGAAGAAACUUCUGAUCUGUCAUCAUUAGAAAGUACGAAUCCGAUUGACAAUAGUAUCGUUGAUCAAAAUUUGAUGAUACUUUUGGAGGAUGAAUUGACAAUUAAAGAGAACAAAACUAAAAUAAAAACUAACUGCGGGUCACAGGAUGACAGUCAGCCAAUUUAUUUCCGAAGUGUAAUAUUUGCGCCAGAAGUACUUGUGAGAUUAGAUUACCAUGGAAAGCGAGUGGACCUCACUCACGGUCCUAUGGCAGGUUUAUUAAUGGGCUUAGCACAACUUAACUGUUCUGAAUUAAGACUGAAACGGCUGACACACCGUCACGGGUUACUGGGUAUAGAUAAACUCAUGGCGUUCAUGUUGGCUGAAUGGCUACAGGAUAUCAAAAAGAAUCAGCUGCCUAGUUUAUUAGGCGGAGUCGGCCCAAUGCAUUCACUAGUUCAGCUGUUUCAAGGCUUCCGUGAUUUAUUCUGGCUCCCGAUAGAGCAGUAUCAAAAAGACGGACGAAUAGUACGAGGUCUCCAGCGCGGAGCUAAUAGUUUUACAACUUCAACGGCGAUGGCUGCGCUCGAACUGACAUCAAGGCUAGUCCAUGUCAUUCAGAGUACUGCUGAAACGGCCUACGAUAUGGUCAGUCCUGGUCCCAGUGUACGUAGAAAAACUAAAGGUCAGAAGGGACGACGCAAGCGAUACAGCCAGCCUUUAGAUAUACGAGAAGGAAUGGCCAAUGCUUAUAUGCUAGUCAAAGAGGGUUUAGGUGAAACCGCAAAUCAAUUGGUGCGCGUUGCAAGUGAGGAACACGAACAAAAAGGAGUUAGUGGAGCUGUUGGUGGUGUGUUACGACAAAUACCACCUACGGUUGUUAAGCCAAUAAUACUCGCAACGGAAGCAACGAGUAAUGUACUUGGCGGUAUGAGAUCUCAAUUGGUGCCGGACGCAAGACGCGAAGCCGCUCAAAAGUGGAGGCAGGAUCCUCGUGAUGUUAAUUAAUUAUAAUUGACAUGAUAAAUAUUACCGUAAUAUUUAUACACCACGUCAUUGAUACCGAUAUAUAUAUAGAUAUAUAUAUAUGUAUAAGGAUGAAUUUUUUUAUUACCAUUAUUUAAAGUUUAUAAUUUUUAAGCUUAUCUGCAAAAUUAUCAAGUCAACACGAGUGAGCUCCAGUAUCUCGUUUAAAUCGCGCAAACUUUUAUUAAUUAUUAUUAGCAUCGUUAUUAUUUUGAUAGUAAUUAAAUAUUAGGAUUAUUAAUAAUAAAUAAUUGAAAUUUUUUAAGUCGAUAAUUGAAUCAAAGUUUGAUUUGAUUGUUAGAGAAAAUAAAAAUCAACGAGUUCGAUCUAAUAAAUUUUACUUAUUAACUAAAAUUAUUUUAUCACAUGACGAAAUUUUUUUUUAUUGAAAUUAGUCGGUGAAUAUUAAAAUGGUGCGACAGAACUUUGGUAAAAACUGAUGGGGAUUUAUUUAACAUAAUAACUAAAUUCCAGUGAUGUUAUAGUACGAUAUAUAACAUAAUGUUAGUUAUAUACAUAUAUAUAAAUAUAAAUACUUUAUAUUGACAUAAAUAAUAUAAAUCAUACAGAGUUCAAAGACAUUGGAAAAUAUCUAUAUAAAUAUAAAUAUAUAUGUAUGUACGUGUAAAAUUUUAAUUAAGCAAGGUAAGACUCAUCGCUCAUAUGUAAUUUUGUUCAAACGAUGUUUUUUUACCGAUAUCAAAAUGUAACUAAAAUUUUUUAUUCACAAAAAUUAU